AAAUUCUUUACUUAAUUAUUACUGGAAAACGAACCGCAAAUCUCCGGUCCAUCCUCUUCCCGUCGCCGCAAAACUCACAAGUAAGGCAGCAGAGCGCAAAACGCAACACAUAAAGAAGCUUAGAAGGAUGGCAGCUACGCGAGAAUUGCAACGUGACCUAGAAAACAAAGCCAACGAUCUUAGCAAACUUCAAAAAGAUAUAUCAAAGAACCACCAAAUCAGAAAGAAGUACACUAUUCAGCUAGGUGAAAAUGAACUUGUUCUCAAGGAAUUGGAUCUGUUGAAUGAAGAUGCGAAUGUUUACAAGUUGAUAGGACCAGUGCUUGUGAAGCAGGAUAUGGCUGAGGCUAGGGCUAAUGUAAAAAAGCGAAUCGAAUACAUUUCGGCUGAACUAAAGCGAUUGGAUAGUACUCUUCAAGACUUGGAAGAAAAGCAGAACAGCAAAAAGGAAACGAUUAUGAAGUUGCAGCAAAAGAUUCAGUCUCUCCAGGCUGGAAAAGCGAAGGCCUGAUGCGCCUUAGGAAAAACAUUGCACGGGCAUGUUAAUUUGAUUCGCAUUAAAACAGGUCUUACUGUCCCAGAAAGUCGAAGUGUUUUCUUUAUUGUUCCGUUGGCUUUUGUAGAUCAAGGGUUACAUGAUUUUGUAUGAUUUUUAGUCAGCUGUGAUAUAAACUUUAUGACUAGCUACGGUUCCUCU